CUCACUCACCACAUGUCCUCAACAACAUCAGCAAUAAAAACAAAAAAAAUGCAGAAGCAACACACCCAUUUGCUCUUCAUUCUUUGCUUUUGUUUUUCUGCAGUGGCAGCUCUUUCAUGGAGCCAAGACAAGCAGUUCAAUCAGGCUAAGAACUAUGAGGGCUCCUCCGAUCUAGUGGACCUUCAGUACCACAUGGGUCCUGUCCUUGCAUCUCCUAUAAACCUUUAUAUAAUCUGGUAUGGAAAUUGGAACCCAACUCACCAAUCCAUUAUAAGAGAUUUCCUCUACUCCUUUUCUUCUUCCUCCUCCUCCUCCUCUUCCUAUCCGUCUGUCGCCGAUUGGUGGCGGACGGUCCGGCUCUACACCGACCAAACGGAAUCGAAUAUCACAGGGAACAUCGUCCUCUCCGGCGAGCACUACGACACUAAAUACUCCCACGGUGCGUAUCUCAGCCGUUUAGCAAUCCAAUCCGUCAUCAAAAGUGCAGUCACUUCAUAUCCAAGGGCUCUACCUCUCAACCCUCACAAUGGCCUCUACUUAGUCCUGACCUCUUCGGAUGUUCGAGUUCAAGACUUUUGCCGGGCGGUCUGCGGCUUCCACUACUUCACCUUCCCGACCAUCGUUGGUGUCACCGUGCCGUACGCGUGGGUUGGUUACAGCGGAAAGCAAUGUCCGGGCAUCUGUGCCUACCCUUUUGCGUGGCCUGAGAAUUCAGGAAGGCCGUCACCAGGCACAAAUGAAGGCAACAAGAUUAUGGCUGCACCUAAUGGGGAUGUGGGUGCUGAUGGGAUGAUCAGUGUGAUUGCUCAUGAGCUCGCGGAGGUGACGAGUAAUCCGCUGGUGAAUGCGUGGUAUGCCGGCGAUGAUCCGACCGCACCGACCGAAAUAGCAGACUUGUGUGUGGGUGUUUAUGGCAGUGGAGGGGGUGGUGGAUAUGUGGGGAAAGUGUACAGGGACUCUUGGGGAUCUGGGUAUAAUGUGAAUGGAGUGAAGGGAAGAAGGUUUCUGGUGCAAUGGGUAUGGAAUCCUGUGAAAAGGAGAUGCUUUGGCCCCAAUGCCGUGGACUAAAGACUCUGUUCAAUGUAUAUAAUUUCAAAAGAUUUCUUUCUUCCACAACCUCUUGCUUUUGAUGUAUUAUCUCAGAAAGGGCUGGAGCCUGGAGGGAAAGAAUAUGGGAAUCAAAUGGACAAAGGCUGACACGUGCUAAAGGUGAUGAGCAGCUUGCUGCAUGUGGAAGUAAAUAUGGUGCUUUUAAUAGAGCUGAUUGCUUUCUAUAUA